AUGAACAACUUCUCCAAUUCAGAACGGCGUUCGACCGCGAACAAUCGAUAUGGCACACAAGCGUCCUAUCGGGGGGACAUUCCUCAACCACAAUACAGUAACUGCGGCUACGACUGGGCUGUCCAACAACAGCAGAGCUACUCGAACAGCGCGAGCCAACGGACAACGUAUGCUGACGGCGCUUGGGGAAGUGGAAGGACGCAAGUCGCUCCCCGCGACGAUCGGAGACAGCAGGGUCAGUACGCAGUGCAGGCUGUGGCUGGCGAUGGAGGGAGCGGGCACAACUAUUACAAUUCCAUACCUUCAAACAAGGCAGGGCAAAACAACUCGGGUUUGAAUAAUCUGGCAUAUUCAUCGGGACUGGACGACGCAGCUUUGCAGCGACACGGCCACCGCCAGCAACACUCGACCGGAAUGUCAGGUUUAAGUCAAUCUUCAGCCACCAUCAAUCGCAUACGUUCCCCGGUCACAGCACACGGUACAACAUCGCGGUUCGACCCCAGCCAGCCGCCGAGGUACGGGUAUCAGAACGAUCUUUCCUCUCUUUCCUCUCAGAAUCAACCGAAUUCGUUGUUAGGAGCAGCCAAGUCCUUAGUUGGAAACGUCAGCGCCCACUUCCAACAAACAGCAGCCGCAAUGGGCGGACACGUGUCGGCUUCGCCGGUGAUGGAAAAGUCAGCUUCGCAAAGGUCAGCCUCACCGUACUAUCAACCACAGAACCCUAAGACGCAGGGCCAGGGUUAUCGGCCCUCUACCACACCCCAGACGAAUCAUAGGGGCGCUAUUUCCGCAGCGUCGGCUACCCAAGAAAAGCCGCGACAGGUGGCCAACACUGGAUUGCACAGAACGGGCCCAGGCGUGGAGGCUUCGCAACGUCCUGUGCAGCCACAGGGCCAACUAGUGAACAGCAUUUCGAAUCUUGUUUCUCCAGUGGAGGCGGCGUCACUUGAGCCGGCGUCAAUGCCUGAUUACAUUGACCCUACUCAGGUCUUCAACCCGUUCCAUAAAGAACACGAACGGAGGCGCAGGGAGGCCGAGGCCGAGGCCAGGCGAAAGGCAGAGGAGGCAGCCGCGAAAGAGAAAAGGGAAAAUGCAUCGGCUGCCACAAAGAAACGAGUGCAAGAGGUGAAUCUUGUGGCUAUGGCCACUCCAACAACCAGUGAAUCUAACAGUAAGGCAGAACAGCCAGAGGCUGCUCAAUCUGCGCAGAAGCGCCCUCACAGCGGGUCUCAGCCGGCGCGCCAAUCAGAUGCUGUGGCCAGCGAAGCGGACAUGGCAGCCGAACUCAAGGCUAUGAUGGAAAAGAUGCAAGAGUUUCGGAACAAGGAUCCAUCCCUUUUUCAAAGGCUAUGGGACGACAUGCGAAAGACACCAUCGGUCCCCUCGAUAGCAGGCCCAGCACAAUCCCCCCAGAUAAGCACACAGAACACUUUUCCGACUGACCACAGUCGACCUCAGGCGUCAACUUCAGUUGAUCCAGCACCUCCGCCGAAACCAGGUACCUCGCCACUCCCUACAACGACAUCCGCCACAAAGACCGCCAAACAUUUGCCAGAUGCUCUUUCGAUUACCCCACUGGGGGCUAAGCUCAAUGGAUACAGAGUUAUCGUUGAGAACAAUCCGGAAGGAUUACCUGACUUAGGCCGCUUUCCUGCCGAACGGCGUAUCAGACUAUCAUCCCAGGGCAAGCGUUCGUCUGAGACAGACGCGACUGGACAACCAACCCCGAUAGUCCUGGGCUCCGAACAAUACAUCGUCCCUAACCCAAGUAAACAACAAACUCCAACUCGAGCAAUUCCGUCCACUGAAAAGCCAGCUCCUGUUUCUCAAGGUCCCCUUCCCAAAGUGAAUAUUGACACGAUAUGGGCGGAGAAUAAACACAAUGCUCUUGCACAAGUAGCCGUCAAGUUUCUCAUGGCCAAUCCUGAAAAUGCGAAGAUCGAGAUCACGCAUCAAGACAUCCAUCAGAUUCUCGAGCAGGAUCCCAGUUAUACCGAUCUAUGCCUGACACUCGAGAAGAAGGGCCUCAAAUUCCACAGAAGUCAGUUCGCGAGACAACUCCUGAGUGAAGUUCCACAGCUGAGAGGACCAUCGAAGACUCAAGCUCUUCCAGCUCCUCCUAUACCAGUACUUUCUCGAGCACCCGUACAGGUUUCGGCUGCUGGGGCUUCUGUCGCCCCAGCCAGGAUGCCUCCAGGACCAUUGCCAAUUGAUGCUUCUGCUCCUGCUCCAGUUCCAGCUCGUACGAUAGACCCCAGCAAUAUGACUCAGGCAGUAAGAAUUCCUGUUUUUCCGGGUCGCCCCGCUGCUCCUCGAUCCGCUCAAAUGCCGCAGUCAAAGCCUACAAGAAACUAUCAUCAAGCACGCCCCGAACCCGUCACUGGUUCGAAAGAAGCAAUGGCGCGAAAACGCGACUUCUCGGACAUAAUCGACCUAACUACCCUGAGCGACAAUGAGGACUAUGUGAUGCCCAAGAAACAAGCGCGGGCUGAGGGUCCUUCUCCGGAACCAACAGCUGCGCUCCAGGAGUAUCAGAAUCUGGCUCAGCCGGUGACUUCAAAUCUACCGCCGCCUACGGCUCCAUAUAUCGAUGCAGGAUUUCCACCGCCGCUCCGCUUUGAUCCCAGCCUCCUUCAAUACCCGCAUGGAUAUGUUCCACUUCCUCACUAUCGUCUACAUCUUCAAGCUCCGUCCUCAGUUGCCCAACCCACCCCAGCACCACCGCCACAACGAUCGUUGAGGUUACUUGCCAAGCCCAUAAAUAAGGAGGAGGCUUUUCGCAAGACCUACUACAACCCUAAGACGGUGGCUAGGGACAUUCUGAUUGCUGCUGGGAGACAUCCGACCGAGCGUGCGCUCAAUGCACAUCUGGCAGGUCUUCUUGGGAAAUUUGUGGAGAUUGAUUCUGAUCUAAGCACGUUCAACUGGGAUGCGAUAGAUCCUGAGGGACCUCCAGUACCCCAGGUCGAAUUUGUCGAUGUCCCGACUGAGGCUCCACGAUAUCGCCUUGGGGAAUCAGGGAUACGGCGUAGAGGUCAAGUCCUGCCUGAGGCCGAUACCACGGCGAAACGCGCUUUACCGAAUUCGGAAAAGCACCUAACACCCGCACCUGCGACUGCGCCGGCGCCUGCGCCUGCGCCAGUGACCGCGACCGCGACCGCUACAAACCAAGUCGUCAAAGCACGACCUCUACAGCCCCAGUCGUCUUCAACGGCUCGAGUGGCCACAACACCGCAUACUCCCCCACGAUCUCAGGAAGUCUCGAAGGCCACUACGAAGCCAGUAAUCCCUCAGAAGCGACCGUCGAGCCUCAUUUCCUCGAACGGCUCUCCUAACUCGGAGCGGAGGCAGUCCACUCAAUCUGUGUCUGUUCAAGUGCCUUCCACGAUGGAAUCCAAGCGAUCGAGUCCCGGCGCGUUUUUCCCAAGUGGCAAGAGACGAGGGAGGCCUCCGGGGGCAAGCAACCUUCACCCUUCUGUCGAGGCGAUGCAGAAGGCCGCAGUGCAGGAACCGUCCCCGAUUGAGAUCACUAUACCCUCGCCUGCUGCGCCAAGCCUUCCCGUGUUCAAAUGCCGUUGGCGGGGUUGUAAGGCACAUCUUCACAAUCUCCAGACCCUCCGGAAUCAUGUCUCAAAUGUCCACCGACCGACACCAAAGCAACUUGAAGAAGAAGGCGGCUAUAUCUGCUGGUGGAAAAGGUGCAAAUACCUCAUAGAUGAUGGGGAUGGCUCUCUGCGACCCUCCGAGAUAUUUGACAACCCGAAAGACUGGCUGAAACACAUUGAGGAGCACACAAAUGAAGUCGCGUCUAGGAUGGGGGAUGGCCCAACAACCAAGAUCAUCGGUAAGCCACAAACUGCAGCAUCAAAACCUUUUGAUGUCUCAAGAUUUGUCUUUCACUUCCCCGUGCAACCUUCGACUUCCUUCACUAGAACUCUUUCUCACACAGAUCCUCAGACCCUCCUCCGUGACAAAGCCCGCUACCUGUCGGACGAACAAGGCAGAAUAACCACACCUGACGUAUCGGUCAAGUCUGCGCAAGACGACCUGGAGCCCGACACGAUGACACUGCUGAAGGCCAAACACAAUGAUUGGGAGAGAUAUGCUCAAAGGAGUUUCAUGAAGACACAUCGCAAGGAGAAGAGUAGUUCAAGGGCUCUCGCUGAAGAAACUCUGAAAGCUAUGGCAGCAAGAAAGGCGAAGAUUGGGCCAGGGAUUGACCGUGGCGGAUGUAUCUUGGUGACCGAGGCUAGAAGAGCGACACUGAUCCAAAACCCGGGGAUUCAGAGAGUGGUCGACGGAGAUUAUUAA